GGCGUUGUUUUUUUUUUUUUCUUUUCUUUUGUCCUCCAUACGACUGUAUUUAAUUUCUGAUCCCAUUUUUCAUCCAUUUUUUCUUAAUUAUGGACAUCAGCCACUUGUUAAACUCUCAACCUGUCAAUAUCGUUACAUCAGUUACCAAAGCACCCUCCGCCACCAAAUCACGGCCCUAUUCGUGUAACUGGAAUGGUUGUACGAAAAGCUUUACCAGACGAUCUGAUCUUGCCAGACAUAAGCGAAUCCAUACAGGCGAAAGACCUUACCAUUGUCAUUGGCAUGGUUGUGACAAGCAAUUCAUCCAACGAUCUGCUUUAACUGUGCAUCUCAGAACGCACACUGGAGAAAGACCCCAUGUUUGUGAAUACAAAGACUGUAGAAAGUCCUUUGGAGAUUCAUCUUCUUUAGCUAGACAUCGAAGAACACAUACUGGCAAUCGUCCUUAUACAUGUUUCGAGUGCGGUAAAUCCUUUACAAGAAAAACAACACUGUCGAGACAUCAAGAACAUACACAUCGAAAGCAAGAUCUUGCUUCUUCUUCUUUGACAAGCCCAAUGAACAUAAGCUCGCCACAUCAACACUCUCCUUACUCAGUGCCACAGCAGAGUCCAGUGUCUCUUGCCUCCUCAUCUCCUGUCAGUGUCUAUUCUGACUUUGAUGAUCUUGGUUCUACAACGACAAGCUGCUCCUCCUCCUCCUCCUCGUUUUUCUCUUCUUGUUCUCCUACUACGCCUACCACUACAGCCUACCGAUCCCACUUUUACCCUCUCACUCCUCCUGCUGCGACUGCUGACUCAGUUUUACCGUUACCCUAUCCUCCUCUGCCUCAAAAGCCUACGAUGGACGUUCAUCUACAUUUACCCUCUAUCUGUCCAUACACUCAGGUGAAAUCAACCAUGUCACCCCACACCCUUCCAUUUUACGAUACCAUCUAACGAAACCAUGACAAACAACAGCAAGAAGAAAAAAGGAACACGUUCUUCUUGUUAUUUUACUCUUUCAUUUCUUACCAUUUAAUUAUUAUUCUGUAUUGAUGACAACAACAAAAAAAAGAAUGAUACCCAUUUUCUUUUCAUCACCUCCACUUCUCUAUGACUUUUAUUCAUUGUGAAUAAAUCUUGAUGACACAUCCACUGUCUUUUUUUUUUUUUUUCCUCCAAGACGAAACCAUUUC